AACAACACAUCAGCAGAGAAAACAGGCAACAUCCCAUUUUUAUCUCUCUCCCUGCCUUUUUCUGCCUCUCCUCUCUGUGCCUGUCCCUCUCUGUGAACUCUCUCUCUCUCUCUCUCUGAAAAAAAUUAAAUGCAAAGUGGCAUACACCCAACAUGGAAGAAGAAACAUAGAAACUCCGCACACCCAACAAAGCUUUCAUUUCAUCCCCAAACAAAAUAGAAAACAGAGAAAGAAGAGUCAACCGCCCAACUUUCCCCAACCCUUCUCUCUUUUCUUCAAUGGCCCAGCUCAGCUGGACCAAAACUUAUGUAGCUGCAAGGUAAAACAAAAAAGAAAGCAAAGGAAAUUUGGGGAGAGAGAGAGAGAGAGAAGCAAAGGAGAAAGAGAAGAUAGGUGCCUUCAGAUGUCCUCCAACCAAACCACCUCCUCUCCAAUAAAAACAAUGUUGGGUCACAAAUGCCCUUCUGCAACCCCCCAAAAAAUCCCAUCUUCAUCACUACUGUCUCAACCUCAGCUCUCUCUCUCCCUCAAAAGAAAUACCCAUUUUUAUUUUUCCCCCAUCUCUUUCUUUUUCCACACAACCGAAUUAUGUGGGCUUUAUUGGGUUUCUUGUCUUGGUCAGAGUUUUCACAGAGAAAACAGGGAAGGCGAGAACCUUCUCAUUUUCCCCUUCCCCUCUCUCUCUUUCUUGUUUCUCUCCUUCUUUAUUGUUUUGUCCUCCUACCCUCUGUCUCUCUCUCCUUCAUUAUUUCAAUCGCACCCAUCUCUCUGGCCUCUCUUUUCAACUUUGUUUGCUACCUUUUGUUGCCUCUGUUCUUGACCUAUGAUGAAGAAGAUGAAAGGGAUAGCUGUUAUGGAGUCUUCUCCAUAUGCUGCUGCUCCCGAAGAUCCAAGAAUCAGGUACAAGCACCAGAGUCUGAUGCAGGACUACCAAGAUCUGGAAAAGGAGACUACUAGAGAAGAGGGAUGGCUUAAUGGACUAAGUGGUUUAAUUCUGGUCUGGCAGUCUGAGAAAAGGAAGAAAAAUUAUAUAUCUUGAAGGUUUUCUUCUGCGUAUCCAACGAGAAACGAAUGCCAUGAAAAAGAAGAUGGAAAUGCUGAAACAGCACAAAUUUACACUGUUAGCUGAAGUCCAAUUCUUAAGGCAACGAUGCAAGUACUUAAUGGAGAACCAGCUCUCAUCGCCACAACAGCCACCUAGUCGAGCGAGACGUAAAACCAUAGAAGUGAAGAGUGAUAACCUCACAAAGGCUAGGAAGACAGCGGCAAAGGGGUCUGCUCAAGGCAAAUCUGCUUCAGCUCCUGAUCUAAAUAAAAAGGGGAAAGUCAAGAAUGGGAGGAAAGCAGCCUUGCAAAAUCCCAUGCCGCUUUUAAAUGCAAAAGAGGAGAGAACCAUUGUUGGGAGGGAAGCUGCGUACCACAACUCUGCACGAAAUUUGGACUUGAACGAGAGGGAUUUGAUUGCUAGUGGGCGGGAAGUUGCCAUCCAAACUCCCACCCCGGCUUUUGAUAUGCAUCAUAAGGAGAGGCUUCGUGCUGGAAGAGAAGUUACCAAAAGAAACCCCACUCCUGUCUUUGAUUUAAACCAGAUUUCGACAGAGGAGUUGCAGAUCAAUGAUCAGCAGCCAAGAACUGAAGAAGUAAAUAGAAGUUUAGGUACAGGCGAAGGCGAGGAGCUCAAUAACGAUGUGAAGUUAUCAAGUUUUAGGAGUAAGAAUACUGCAAAUGGGCUUGGCAAGGUAGGGAAGAGGAAGAUAUCGUGGCAAGAUCAGGUGGCUUUAAGAGUUUGAGGUUACAUUUGCAUAUUCCCCGAGCUGGGAUUGUUGCUUGCUGGGGCUUGAAAAUGACCCCAUACGUGCCUUGAUGUUCACUUUUGCCUGUUUUUUUGUCAACAACAAUCAGGUUAUGCAGUCACAUAGUUGCAUGAUACAUGUCUAGGGAUAGAAUCAAGUAGCAAGGUAAACGAAAUAUCUAUACUAAACCUAUAUCAGCUUUCAUCAGGACAGUGCAAAGUCACUGUGCACGAUCUUCUACUCCUUGAAUUGCUGCAUGUGGUGAGGUAUAUAACCCUGCAAUCUUGCAUUAACGACUUUAGGAGCAUAAUAUAAGAAUCAUCUUUACUGGACUAUAACUAAACUUUCGGUACUUGUGGGAAUCAGUAUACUAUAACUCAUGGGAAGGAGAUAAAUCAUGUCAUGUAUCUAUUUUCAGGAAUACUACUUUUGCAUAAUGUUCAUAUCUGUGGAUAUUUGUUUCCA